GGCGGCCGCGCGCGGGCCCUGAGUCACCGCCCCGCGCCCGAGGGCGCUGCUCCGGGCCGAGGAGCUCUGGGGCGGGGGCGGCGCUCUCGGCCGAGGUGCUGGGGGCAGGGUCGCCCUCAGACAGCCCUGAGGCGGGGCGCGCAGCCGCCCCCGCCUGCCCGGAGCACCUCCUGAGGGCCGGGGCCUCCCUCACCGCGCGCCCGGCUGCGGGGCUCCGCUCGCGGCGCAGACGGGGCCGUCGUGGUCCCCAAGUUCGUGGUUUGGGUCCCCCGAGUCCGACCGCGCUGGGUCCUGUGCCUCGUCAGCCCUAGGCCCCGCCCCGGCCCUGCCCCCUGGCCGUGACGGUCAGGGACAAACUGGCGAGCAGCUGCCCUAGGCCUGGCGGGGCGGCCCGGACCCUGCCUGGACCUGCUCGGCGUGGAGCCCAGUGACUCGGUUCCCCGUGGCCACGGCGGGGACAGGGCUCAGCCAGGCAGUUCUCUCCACAGAGACCAGAGUCUGCAGCAGACUUGACUUCCCGUGCAAACCUAAUCUGGCCUGGAAGGGAGCCCCAGGGGAAGGGCUGACCGCACAGCCGCCCCAGGUGCCACCCUUGCAGCCAUGGAGGAGGAAGAGGCCUGCCCGGAGACUGGCUUCUGCCUGGCAAGUGCCCUGCGCUUCUGGGGGCUGCUGCUCAUGGAGGAGCAUUCACAGUCCACCAUGCUGAUGGGGAUUGUGAUUGGAGCCCUCCUGGCACUGGCCUUUGUUGGCAGCAUCAUCUUUCUUGUGUCUAGAAGAGUUGAGAGAUCUCGACAGACGCAGCCCACUCCUCAGUACAGAUUCCGGAAAAGAGACAAAGUAAUGUUCUAUGGCCGGAAGAUCAUGAGAAAGGUGACCACGCUGCCCCACACACUGGUCGGGAGCGCUGCUGCACCCCGGCAGCGGACCCGGAAGAGGACCAAGGUGCUGUCUUUGGCCAAGAGGAUUCUGCGUUUCAGGAAGGAGUAUCCCACCCUGCAGCCCAGGGAGCCGCCACCAUGCCUGCUGGAGGCUGGCCUCGGCGAGUCUGACGUGCAGAGCUGCCAGCUGCCCUCAGAAGUCCUGUACAUGCUGAAGAGUGUUCGGGUCCUGGGCCACUUUGAGAAGCCGCUGUUCCUGGAGCUUUGCAAGCACAUGGUCUUCGUGCAGCUGCAGGAGGGGGAGCCCGUGUUCCAGCCGGGCGAACCUGACACCAGCAUCUACGUGGUCCAGGAUGGCCGGCUGGAGGUCUGCGUCCAGGACGUGGACGGCACCGAGGUGGUGGUCAAAGACGUUCUGGCUGGAGACAGCGUGCACAGCCUCCUGAGCAUCCUGGGCGGCGUCACCGGCCACACUGUACCAUAUAAAACCGUCUCUGUCCGUGCGGCUGCCCCUUCCACCGUCCUCCAGCUUCCAGCUGUGGCUUUUCAAGGCAUUUUUGAGAAAUAUCCCGAAACCCUGGUGAGGGUGGUGCAGAUCAUCAUGGUGCGUCUGCAGAGAGUGACCCUCCUGGUUCUGCACAACCAUCUGGGCCUGACCACCGAGCUCUUCAAUCCUGAGAGCCAGGCCAUACCUCUCGUGUCUGCCGGGAAAGCCAAGAGGCAGAUAUUCCAUGCCCUGGAUGAGCGAGAGUCCUGUGACUCAGAUCGUGGAGGCAGCCGUCUGGCAGCAUAUGGGCCUCUGCUGAAGAGGAGCCACUCCUUCCCUCUACCUUCUGUCCAUGAAGAGAUCUCAGAGGAGCUCGGGAAGUCCCUGGCAGCUGACCGUGACCCUUUGGCCCCACAAGGGCUUCCCACCGGGGCCACCUCAGACCUGGGAAUGGCGUGCGACCGUGCCAGGGUCCUGCUGCACUCCGAGGAGCGCCCCAGGAACUCCGUGGCUGGCAAGUUCAAGAAAAGUGUGAUGGUGGUAGAGACCCCCUCUGCUGUCUGCCACUACUCGGAGGGUCUCUCAGAUGAGACUGGCACCAGCGGUGAGACAGACGCCAUCUUCAGAGCCGCCAAGAAGGCCCUGCUCACCCUGAUGAAGCUGACGGACGCCUCCCUGCUGGAGGGCCGGGUGACACUUCUCCAUGUGCCUGCAGGCACCGUGGUGUCGAGACAAGGGGACCAGGAUGUCAACAUCCUCUUUGUGGUCUCGGGCCUGCUGCACGUGUACCAGCGGAAGAUUGACAGUGCAGAGGACACCUGCCUGUUCCUCACACAUCCUGGGGAGAUGGUGGGUCAGCUGGCUGUGCUCACAGGCGAGCCCCUCAUGUUCACCAUCAGGGCCAACAGGGACUGCCGCUUCCUGUCCAUCUCCAAGGCCCACUUCUAUGAAAUCAUGCAGAGACAGCCGACUGUUGUCCUGAGCGUCGCGCACACCGUCGUGCGGAGGAUGUCACCCUUUGUGCGGCAGAUCGACUUCGCUCUAGACUGGGUGGAGGUGGAGGCCGGCCGUGCGGUGUACAGGCAGGGUGACAAGUCCGACUGCACAUACAUCGUCCUCAGUGGCCGGCUGCGCUCUGUGGUCCGGAAGGAAGAUGGGAAAAAGCGCCUGGCCGGGGAGUACGGCCGCGGAGACCUUGUUGGAGUGGUGGAGGCGCUGACCCACCAGGUCAGGGCAACCACAGUACACGCUGUACGGGACUCAGAACUGGCCAAGCUGCCUGCAGGAGCCCUGACAUCCAUCAAGCGCAGGUACCCACAGGUGGUGACUCGUUUGAUCCAUCUUUUGGGUGAGAAGAUCCUGGGCAGCCUUCAGCAGGGACCUGUGACAGGUCAUCAGCUUGGGCUCCAUGCCACAGGCAGCAAGUGGGACUCUGGAAGCCUGGCGGGCAACCUGUCCACGGUGGCAGCGAUGCCUGUGUCUGAGGAUGUGCCCCUCACGGCCUUCGCUCUGGAGCUGAAACAUGCCCUCUGUGCCAUCGGUCCAGUGCUGUUGCUGACCAGUGACAACAUAAAGCAGCGCCUCGGCUCGGCGGCUCUGGACAGCGUCCACGAGUACCGGCUGUCCAGCUGGCUGGGCCAGCAGGAGGACAUCCACCGGAGGCUGUACCAGGCGGACAGCACGCUUACACCCUGGACCCAGCGCUGCAUCCGGCAAGCCGACUGCAUCCUCAUCGUGGGCCUGGGCAAGCAGGAGCCUCUGCUGGGCGAGCUGGAGCGGAUGCUGGAGAACUCGGCCGUGAGGGCGCAGAAGCAGCUGAUCCUGCUGCACCGGGAGGAGGGCCCGGCACCCGCCCGCACCGUGGAGUGGCUCAACAUGCGGAGCUGGUGCUCAGGUCACCUGCACCUCCACUGUCCACGCCGCGUCUUCUCCCGCAGGAGCUUGCCCAAGCUGGUGGAGAUGUAUGAGCGCGUCUUCCAGCGGACCCCAGACCGGCACUCGGAUUUCUCCCGCCUGGCACGGGUGCUGACGGGCAACGCCAUCGCCUUGGUGCUUGGGGGAGGGGGAGCCAGAGGCUGUGCCCAGGUGGGCGUUGUCAGGGCCCUGGCAGAGUGCGGCAUCCCCGUGGACAUGGUUGGAGGGACGUCCAUCGGGGCCUUCAUGGGUGCCCUGUACGCCGAGGAGCGCAGCUACAGCCAGAUGCGGAUCCGGGCCAAACAGUGGGCUGAGGACAGGACAUCAAUAGUGAAGACGGUGCUGGACCUGACCUACCCCAUCACGUCCAUGUUCUCGGGUGCCGGCUUCAACAGCAGCAUCUGCAGCAUCUUCAAGGAUCGGCAGAUUGAGGACCUGUGGCUCCCCUACUUUGCUGUCACCACUGACAUCACGGCUUCUGCCAUGAGGGUGCACACGGAUGGCUCUCUAUGGCGUUAUGUGCGUGCUAGCAUGUCCCUGUCGGGCUACAUGCCCCCACUCUGCGACCCCAAAGAUGGACACCUGUUAAUGGACGGGGGCUACAUCAACAACCUUCCAGCGGAUGUGGCGAGAUCCAUGGGGGCAAAAGUGGUGAUUGCCAUUGACGUGGGCAGCCGGGAUGCGAUGGACCUCACCAACUAUGGCGACGCCCUGUCAGGGUGGUGGCUGCUGUGGGAACGCUGGAACCCUUUGGCCACGAAGGUCAAGGUGCUGAACGUGGCAGAGAUCCAGACGCGCCUGGCCUACGUGUGCUGCGUCCGGCAGCUGGAGACGGUGAAGAGCAGCGACUGCUGCGAGUACUUGCGGCCCCUUGACGGCUACAGCACCCUGGACUUCGGCAAGUUCAACGAGAUCUGCGAAGUGGGGUACCAGCACGGCCGGAUGGUGUUUGACAUCUGGGCUCGCGGUGGCGUGCUGGGCCGGAUGCUGCAGGACCGGCAGGGAGCCAGCAGGAGACAGGCCUGCUUGGCCCUCACCUGCCCCAACACCUCCUUCACUGACCUCGCCGCGAUCGUGUCCCGCAUUGAGCCUGCCAAGGCGGCCGCUGUGGACGACGAAUCAGACUACCAGACUGAGCACGAGGAGGAGCUGCCCGACCUAGCCCAGGAUGCGUGUGCAGACUUCCAGAGCACGCUGGAGCUGGGCUCUGACUCGGGGAGCUGCUGGGCCCCGCCCCGCCCACGGCACUGCUCCCUGCAGGCCCUCGGGGUGCAGCCGCCCAGCUGCUCUGUUUCCAGGAAGAUGAGCUCUCACCCAGGCAUCGACACCCAGGUCUGGAUUCCCCAAAACCUGCCCGGGACUCAUCAGGCCCUUGGCUGUCUGACCAAGAUGGGUAGAGGCCCCUGCCCUGGCACCUGAAUCCUGCAUCUGCCCGGGGAGACCCAGGCCCUGGCAGCUGCUGAGGCCUCUCCUCCCUGAAGGCCAGCCAGGGAGUCCAGCUCUUCCGGGGCCCCCCGGGGCGGGGCCGAGGCUCCUCGGCUUCUUCUCUGCUCUGGCACCCCCUGCCCAUCCACAGCAGCCCUGGGGCUGUGCCAGGCCCCUGCGGGCUGAACUGGCAUCAAUAAAG